AUGACAAGAACACUAUACGAAAGGCUUACUGGAAAGCGGCAGAUUCGCCUAAUGAAUUUGCACCCAGGAAGGCCGUCGGAUCCUGUCUCAUGCCAUCUAACGCUAGAGGACCUCAACACGUCGCUAGAAUAUAGUGCUCUUUCUUACGAAUGGAAGAUAAACAACGGAUUUGCCAACACAGCUUGCGGGGGUACCAGCCUCGAAGUCGCCCACAAUCUAGCAGCAGCACUUAUAUCCCUGCGACGUUUUGACCGCCCAAUGGUCUUCUGGAUCGACGCGGUCUGUAUCAAUCAAAAGGAUCAAAUAGAGAAAUCAAAGCAAACCCCUCUCAUGCAUGACAUUUACGCUACAGCAAAGUCGGUCCUUAUCUGGCUAGGUCCCAGCUUCCGAGGCGUCAAAGCCGCAUUCGACGUGUUGCCAUAUCUUGCAAUGGUGGGAGUUGAACGACAUACAACCGGAAAGCCAGACACCGAAAAUCUGGAAGACAUACUGUCGAGUAAUAUCAAAGAGCGCCCAAAUCAAGGUUCUAUCAUUCAACUUCAAAAUGAUCUUGUAUUUAUGACGCAUGAUAGGGAUGCUCUUCUUAUGCAAAUACUCAAACGACACCCAGAGCUUGAUGACGAUGUGAUUUUUAGGUUUGACGACCAUGAGACAUGGGCAGCAAUUGAUAGAUUAUUUAGCGACUCGUACUUUCAACGGUCAUGGAUCAUCCAGGAAGUGGCAGUGACCGAAGCCGUUUACGUGUUUUGCGGUUCACAUAGCAUCCACUGGGAUAUUUUUCGAAUGGCCUUCGAAGGCCGGUCUAAGAUGACUUUCCAGUCUCAGAAGGGAUUACAGAGCUAUAUUCCCUAUUCAAAGGAAACAAAUCCUCGGGACCGUGUCUACGCCGCUCUCGGAAUCAUCAAGCCACAAUCACUUUGUCGAGAUAUAGUGCCGGACUACAGAAAAGACGUUGAAGAUAUCUUCUAUGAAGCCGCUUGUCAUAUAAUACGACUAAGAAAAGAUCUCUACCUUUGGUCAAGCAAAACCCUGAUGUCUCGGAGAGCAAUGCCCAAGCUUCCAUCCUGGGUACCGGAAUGGACAAUGGCACCUUGCGAAGAGGCCCUUGAAUUUGCCGUACCGGAAUUCAGCCGGUGUCUCUCGUGCAAUCCUCUCAUUGACGGCAAAUCUCUCUUCAUUGAUGGACAUUUGCUUGACGAAAUAGACACCAUAUACCCGAUCAAGGAUCCAAAAGACGUGGUUGAGAUUUCCGUGAUUUCCGUCGGACUAGAAGAGUGGCUCAAGAAUCACGAUAAAACCAUGUUUAGUGCCUACUGUGGUGAUCCACAAAAUCUGACGAGCCAGAAAAUACCAUGUGGUGCAGCGUCUAGUGACCGACUUCAAGAGGAAAUCAAAAUCGAGGCAAGCCAGCUCCUUUCUAAGUUUCGCAACUUACCACCAAUCAUAGCGAGCAUCCUCCGUAUCUGGCUCUUAAAACCAGUCACUCCGAUGACAGCAUUCAGCUCAAUAUCGAGGCACUCUGGGUAUCGCCUGUUCCUUGCCGCGCUCUAUAUACUACCGAGACUGGCAUUCCGCCAAGUGAAUGUUCCGAAGGGGCUCCCUAAAGAAUUCAAUGUAUGGAUUAUGUUAGCCAUUAUUUUAUACUAUGAGAAAAAGUUGAUUCCAAUAUCCAUGGAGCAUUAUAGGACUUAUAAUGAAUUCAGGGGAAUGCUAGUGGAAGAUCGCUUCUUUGUCACGAAAAAGGAAUUUUUUGGUUGUGCACCAGCUGAAGCAGUGAAGCAAGGCCAGAUAGUUGCUAUUCUUGGAGGAGCGUAUGUUCCUGACCUUCUUGAAAAGUGCGAGGGCUAUUAUAAACUCAUUGCCCACGCGUACGUGGAAGGAAUCACAAAUUAG